UCCGGCUCGCUCCCAGUUCUGUCUCGUUUUUAUUCCCACCGAGAAUGAGUGUGCGGUGCGGCUUUCCACCUGGAGCGCUGUAUAAUGGAAAAAGCCGCAUUUGAAAAAAUAUUUAAUACAAGCUGAAAAAAGAGAAAGAAAAAAAGAGAAAAGAAAACGACCUACUUACAUUCGGCAGUCGGACUCGGAGCUCGGAGCCAUGGCCAAGUCAACAGCAGGUAGCAUUAAUGAUGUCACACGCUUCCUCUCCAUGGAGGCAGGGCCGAGCUCGCCUACCUCUGUAUUCUCUGCCUCCAGCCAAGCUGAUUGGGCAGCCAAGAGACUAGUCUGGGUUCCCUCUGAGAAACACGGGUUUGAGUCUGCGAGUGUGCGUGAAGAGCGAGGCGAUGAGGUGGAGGUGGAGCUUACAGACAGCAGCCGGAAAUUGACGUUACUGCGGGAGGAGCUUCAGCGGAUGAACCCUCCUCGCUUCAGUAAAGUGGAGGACAUGGCUGACCUCACCUGCCUUAACGAAGCCUCUGUCCUGCACAACCUGAGAGAGCGCUAUUACUCAGGACUGAUCUAUACAUACUCAGGCCUUUUUUGUGUGGUCAUAAACCCAUACAAGAAUCUGCCAAUCUACACAGAGUCCAUCGUAGAGAUGUAUCGUGGGAAAAAACGCCACGAGAUGCCUCCACACAUCUACGCCAUAUCAGAGGCAGCAUACAGAAGCAUGUUGCAAGACAGAGAAGAUCAGUCCAUUCUUUGCACAGGGGAGUCCGGAGCAGGAAAGACAGAGAAUACUAAGAAAGUGAUUCAGUACCUGGCCCAUGUGGCAUCAUCUCACAAAAGUGGCACUCUUGGCCGUAGCAAGGACAGCACUCUGCAGGUGGAUGGUACACGUUCUCUGGGUCGUGGCAGUAGUACUGUAAACAGGGGGGAGCUAGAGAGACAGUUACUGCAGGCCAACCCUAUCCUAGAGGCCUUUGGCAAUGCCAAGACUGUCAAAAAUGACAAUUCUUCCAGAUUUGGUAAAUUUAUCCGUAUUAAUUUUGAUGUGGCUGGAUACAUAGUUGGUGCCAACAUUGAGACUUACCUCUUGGAGAAAUCACGAGCCAUCCGGCAGGCCAAAGAUGAGAGAACCUUCCACAUUUUCUACCAGCUACUUUGUGGAGCCUCUGAGACCAUGAGAACCGAGCUGCUCCUGGGAAGUGCAGAUCAGUAUCGCUUCCUGUGUGGAGGUUCUGUUCCUGUUCCAGGUCAGAGUGACGCUGAAAACUUCACUCAGACCAUGGACUCCAUGAGCAUCAUGGGUUUUACACAUGAGGAGUGCACAUCCAUGUUGAAGGUGAUUUCUGCCGUACUGCAGUUCGGUAACAUCACCUUUCAGAAGGAGAAGAACUCGGACCAGGCAUCUAUGCCUGACGAUACAGCUGCACAGAAACUGUGCCACCUGCUGGGAAUCAGUGUGCUGGAGUUCAGUCGAGCAAUCCUCACUCCCCGCAUCAAAGUGAGCCGCGAAUAUGUGCAGAAGGCACAGACCAAGGAGCAGGCAGACUUUGCGGUAGAGGCUCUGGCAAAGGCCACCUAUGAGCGCCUCUUUCGCUGGCUAGUGCAUCGCAUCAACCGAGCUCUUGACCGCAGACAGAGACAAGGAGCCUCCUUUAUUGGCAUUCUGGACAUUGCGGGUUUCGAGAUCUUUCAGCUAAACUCCUUUGAGCAGUUGUGCAUAAACUACACUAAUGAAAAGCUGCAACAGCUGUUUAACCACACAAUGUUUGUGCUGGAGCAAGAGGAGUACCAGCGUGAAGGCAUUGAGUGGAACUUCAUCGACUUUGGUCUUGACCUGCAGCCCUGCAUUGACCUUAUCGAAAGACCGGCCCAUCCUCCCGGUGUCUUAGCACUGUUGGAUGAAGAAUGUUGGUUUCCACGUGCAACAGAUCGGUCAUUUGUGGAUAAACUGUCUGCUGAGCAAGGCUCACAUCCCAAGUUUUUCAGGCCACGGCAGCUCCGUGAAGAGGCAGAUUUCUCUAUAAUCCACUAUGCUGGCAAGGUGAACUACAAGGCUGACGAUUGGUUAGUGAAGAACAUGGAUCCUCUAAAUGAUAAUGUAGCAUCACUUCUACACCAGUCAUCUGACCACUUCAUAUCAGAGCUCUGGAGAGAGGAUAUUCAAACACUUCCUCGUGUCUACUUUUUUGACUCCUAUGCUUCCCUCCAGACAAAUGGCUCUGACGGCAUGGAGAGAAUUGUGGGAUUGGACCAAGUAUCAUCUGGGGGUCUGGCCGAGAGCAGUGGCCCAGUGACUUUUGGAGCAGCUGGGCUGAAGACGAAGAAGGGAAUGUUCCGGACUGUUGGACAACUGUACAAAGAGUCACUGACCAAACUGAUGGCCACACUGCGCAACACCAACCCCAACUUCCUGCGCUGCAUCAUCCCCAACCAUGAGAAGCGGGCGGGCAAGUUGACCCCUCACCUGGUCUUGGAUCAGCUUAGAUGUAAUGGAGUGCUGGAGGGAAUCAGAAUCUGCAGACAAGGCUUCCCCAACCGUAUCCCCUUCCAAGAGUUCAGACAAAGGUAUGAGAUUCUGACUCCCAAUGCUAUACCUCGUACCUUCAUGGAUGGAAAGCAGGCUUCUGAGCUUAUGAUCAGGGCUCUGGAGCUGGAUGGGAAUUUGUUCCGAGUGGGGCAGAGUAAAGUGUUUUUCCGAGCCGGAGUGUUGGCACAUCUAGAGGAGGAGCGAGAUCUGAAAAUCACUGACACCAUCAUCCGUUUCCAAAGUGCUGCACGUGGAUACCUUUCCAGAAGAGCUUUCCAGAAGAAGCAACAGCAGCUAAGUGCUCUGCGAGUGAUGCAGAGAAACUGUGCUGCCUACCUGAAGCUACGCAACUGGCAGUGGUGGAGACUUUUCACCAAGGUGAAGCCGCUGCUGCAGGUGACUCGUCAGGAUGAGGAAAUUCAGGCUCGAGAGGCACAGCUUCAGAAAGCCAAAGAUAACCUGAGCAAAGUGGAGCAUGACUAUGUAGAACUGGAGAGGAAACACCAACAGCUGUUGGAAGAGAAGGCAGUCCUCACAGACCAGCUUCAGGCAGAGGCAGAGUUGUUUGCUGAAGCUGAAGAGAUGAGAGCACGACUGGCCAGUCGUAAGCAGGAGCUUGAGGAAGUUCUUGGGGAACUUGAGGGCCGAUUAGAGGAAGAGGAAGAGAGGGGUUCACAGCUAGUCAAUGAGAAAAAACGAAUGCAACAACAUGUACAGGAUUUAGAAGAGCAGCUGGAGGAGGAGGAAGGGGCAAGGCAGCGGCUCCUGCUGGAGAAAGUUACUCUAGAAACAAAAGUGAAAAGUCUAGAGAAUGAGACAAUGACUGCAGGAGAGCAGAGAGACAGACUAAACAAGGAGAAAAAGCAGUUGGAGGAAAGGCUGAAUGAAGUGGCUGACCAGCUGACUGAGGAGGAAGAGAAAGUGAAGAGUCUGAACAAGCUCAAGAACAAGCAGGAAGCUGUUAUUGCUGACCUGGAAGAGCGCCUGAAGAGGGAAGAGCAGGGUCGGCUUGAGCAGGAGAAAUGGAAGAGGCGCAUGGAGGGUGAGGCAGCUGAGGCCCAAGAGCAGCUCUCUGAAAUGGGUCUGCUUGUUACAGAGCUCCGAGGCAGCCUGGCUAACAGAGAGAAAGAAAUAACCACACUACAGACACGGUUGGAGGAGGAGGGUGCUCGACGUGCAGAGGCACAGCGAGCUCUUAGGGAGGCCACGUCCCAAGUAUCUGAGCUGAAAGAAGAGGUGGAAAAUGAACGAGGGAUGAGAGAGAGGGCUGAGAAGCAAAGGAGAGAUCUCGGUGAGGAGUUAGAGGCUCUGAGGACAGAACUGGAGGACACAUUGGACACCACUGCUGCCCAGCAAGAGCUCAGAUCUCGGCGUGAGGCUGAGUUGGGGGAACUCCAGAGACUAGUUGAAGAGGACACACGGCGUCAUGAAGCCCAGCUCUCAGAGAUGCGACUCAAACACAGUGCGGCCAUCGAAUCCCUACAGGAGCAGCUGGACAACGCCAAGCGAUCACGUCAGUCUCUGGAGAAGGCGAAAGCUGUACUGGAGGAGGAGCGUGGGAACCUGACAGCUGAGAUAAAGACCCUUCAGGGGGGCAAGAUGGAGAGUGAGAGAGCAAGGAAGAGAGCUGAAGGGCAGCUGCAAGAGCUUACAGCCCGCUUGGCCCAGGCUGAGAGAGAAAGGGAGGAGAGGGAGGACAGACUCCACAAACUUCAGUUGGAGAUUGACUCUCUGUCCAGCUCUCUGUCUGCAUCUGAUUCCAAGUCCCAUCGUUUGAGCAAAGAGGUCAGCAGCCUGGAGAGUCAACUACAUGAUGCUCAGGAGCUGCUGCAGGAUGAGACACGCCAGAAGCUGGCACUUGGAUCCCGUGUGCGAGCUCUUGAAGAUGAGAAAGCAGCUUUGACAGAGAGGGUGGAAGAAGAGGAAGGAAAAACCAGAGAACUCACACGUCAGAUCCAGACUUACACACAACAGCUUGCUGAGCUGAAGAGGCAAUCCGAAGAACUGAAUGCAGCAGUGGAAGCAGGAGAAGAGAGCAAGAGAAAAUUACAGAGGGAGCUAGAUAACGCCAUGCAAAGAGAGAGAGCUAAAGAAGAGGAGAGGGAGCGAGUGGAGCGCCAGAAGGAGCGCCUGCGAGAGGAAAUAGAAGACAUGACAAUUGCCUUGCAAAGAGAAAGACAGAACUGCACUGCUCUGGAGAAGAGACAGAAGAAAUUUGAUCAGUGUCUAGCAGAGGAGAAAGCAGUGAGUGCACGACUGGCCGAAGAGCGAGACCGAGCAGAAGCUGAGAGCCGGGAGAAAGAGACUCGCUUCCUCUCUUUAUCUCGAGCUUUACAGGAAGUGUCAGAACAGCGUGAUGAGCUUGAAAGAACAAAUAAGCAGCUUCGUCUCGAUAUGGAGCAGCUUGUUAAUGCCCAAGAUGAUGUGGGAAAAAAUGUGCAUGAACUGGAGCGUUCUCGGCAUGCUCUAGAGGUCGAGUCACAGUCACUUAAAGAGCAGACACAAGAGCUAGAAGAGGAGUUGGCUGAGGCAGAGAACUCGCGUCUCCGGUUAGAGGUCACUCUGCAGGCACUCCGAGCCCAGUUUGAGCGCGAGAUCAGUGCCAAAGAAGAAAAAGGAGAAGAAAAGAGACGGGCCCUUAACAAGCAGGUGCGUGAGUUAGAAACACUAUUGGAAGAAGAGAAGAGUCAGAGAGCUCAAGCAUUGUCCAUCAAGAAGCAGAUGGAGGCAGAGCUCCAAGAGGCUGAGGCUCAGGUAGAGGCAGCCACUCGGGGCCGAGAGGAGGCUCAAAGGCAGAUAAAACGACUUCAGACCCAGAUGAAGGAGGUUUUGCGGGAGUUGGAUGAGACCAAGAUAGCACGAGAUGAAAUCAUUGUCCAAUCAAAAGACAGCGAGAAGCGCCUUCAGGCUCUAGAGGCAGAGCUACUACAACUGACAGAGGAGUUGGCCGUAUCUGACAGGUUGAGGAGACAGGCUCAGCAGGAGCGAGAUGAGCUGUCUGAAGAGAUCCUCAACACAUCGAGUGGGAAGACGGCUCUGUGUGAGGAAAAGAGACGUCUGGAGAUGAGGAUCAGCCAGCUGGAGGAAGAUCUGGAAGAGGAGCAGGGUAAUGCUGAGCUCAUGGCUGAGAGGCAUAGGAAGACCACACUGCAGGUGGAGACUCUGACAGUGCAGCUGGCAGGAGAGAGGACACUGGUGCAAAAGAGUGAGGGGGCACGAGAGAGUCUUGAAAGGCAGAAUAAGGACUUGAAGACCAGGCUGACGGAGCUGGAAGGAGCUGUGAGGGGAAAACACCGCGUCAGUGUUGCUGCUCUAGAGUCAAAAAUCGAAAACAUGGAGGAACAGCUGGAACAGGAAAGACAGGAGCGUGCAAUGGCCAACAAGCUGGUGAGGAAAACAGAGAAGAAGCUAAAGGAAGUGCUUAUGCAGGUAGAGGAUGAGAGGAGACAUGCAGACCAGUACAGAGAGCAGCUGGACAAGUCAAUGGGGCGUCUGCGACAGCUGAAGAGGCAGCUGGAGGAGGUGGAGGAGGAGAACUCGCGCACAAACGCCCAGCGCAGAAAACUGCAGCGAGAGCUUGAGGAAAUGGGAGACAGUAUGCAGAGCAUGACACGAGAGCUCAAUGCCCUGCGCUCCCAACUCAGCAGUACAGAACAACCCAAAGGCACCAAACGUGCUCCGCUCCCUCUCUCUGUACGUGGAGGUCGGAGAGCUCUUGUGGAUGACCUUUCUCAGGAGAACUCUGACUCUGAAGAACCUCCUGCUUCACCCACGCCCUCUAGUAGCCUUCUGGGAACCCCAGUACCCUCAGAUAGUGCACUGGGUGCACCUCCCCCAUACAGCCUAUCAGAUGCCAGUGAGCAGAGGGGGGAAUGAUGGGCAGAUUGGUGAACAACAAGAAGACUUACUGUAUCUGUAAACUGACACAGCGCAUACUAUAUUGACUAUACCUCUGCAGCCAAGCCAACAGUUAACAUAUUGAAGAUACACAUGAGCGUUCACAGAGGAAAUAAUACUAGUACUACUGCUAUCAGUCAUGUGUUAAUAUUGAAUAAGUGGAAAUCCAGCUACUUUUCCUAUUGUUCUGAGGAAAAAUAGCACUAAAGUAUAUUAGAGAUGCCACAUAUCAGUGCAAUGUAUAUCAGGAUAAAUGUGGCAACACAACAUUCUCAUACAUUCUCAUACAUUCUCAUGAUUCCAAGGUCUCAAAUGAGUUAAGUAUGAGAGUGUUGUAAGUUAAGAUAGCUGCACAAAUCCUAUGCGCUUUUCAGUCAACCAUAAGCCAUGUAUUUAAGGGCAAUCUACAUGAUUAUGAUGGCAAUCAAAAGAACGCAACCAGACAUUCUUCAAAUGCAGAACCAUGAAAAGACAAACUCUCUCUGGCUGAGCUUGCAUGAAUGAUUAAACUGCAGUAUUAUGUUCAGGCCUUCUCUCUCUCUGUAUCUCUCUCUCUCACUUUAGCUCAAAUUGAUUUUAGAAAUUGGGAACUUAAAUUUUUUGACGAAACAGUAUUUGUCUUUGAAAUCAGUGGGUAUCAAUUUUAAAUUGUUAUAACAGGGAAAUUAAGUUUUUUCAAUUGAAUGUGAUUUCAUAAGGGUGAUUGUAUUCAUGUCAGACGCUUUAAUAUCAAAAAGAAAGUGAAAGAGAGAAAAUGAUUUACUGUGAAAAGUCUACAAAUAUGAGCCAGGCAUGCUAGUUUUGACAUUUUUUAACACAGGAAUAACACAGGAACAGUAAGAUGAUAAUGCAAAUUUACAAGCCAAAACAGAGUCAGCUAGGACAAAAGAUAAACAUCUGAAGACAGUAAAUAAGAAGAUCGCAUUUAUAAAUUUACCUUGAUAAACGUCAUGAAUAUUAGUCAUAGAUGUAAUAAUACAGUGAUAGCUCUCAUUGGCUCAAACGGUACUGAAGAUGUUAAAUACUUUUAAAAUGUUGUACAAGGAACACAAUAAAAUUAAUUUUAACAGUUGCUUUCCAAAUGUACAAUAUGAAAUAAUGUUAGAUCAUCAUAGUUAAUAUUCAGCAAUUCUGGGUAGCGAGGCUUUUUUUGUUAUUUUAUUUAAUGUUCUGUUCCUGAGUAUCUCAAACACUGACUGUGUUUUUUUUAGUUAGUCAGUUCUGAAGCAAGUUUAUGUGUGACGUAGACUGUGAGCAGUUAAAUGACAUUUUUUAAGUAGUUCUUAUAUCAAGUCACUCCCAGUUUCAGUCUGCUUAACUGUAAUAAUUGUCAGUCCAUCUAUCAUCAUUAUCCAUGUUAUUUAUUUAUGUUUUAAUUGUCAAAUUUUGCAGUGUAAGAUUGAAUGCAGACAGAUCCUGUGGGAGAACACUGUGUACAAUUACGUGCAUUUUAAAACAAAUACACUAAAUCUAGAGUAAAAGCUAAGAAAAGAUUUUGUCAUUACAGAUAAUAAAGUGGUUAUCCUGCGCACUAGGCCAUUGUAAAAAAAAAUAUCUUUAAGUUUAUCAAUAUGAGAUAACAAGUUAUUCAAAACAUUUCUGGAAAAAAGCUUUACGUUUACCAAAUUGAUGGCAUAGGGGUGAAAAAAGGGAUAUUAAAAUAAAUAGCUAGAUAGAUAGAAUGUAGAUGUAGUUUAAAGUGAAACUCUGGCAGUUUCAACACCCAGGACCUAAUUUUUUUCCCAGGAUAGCAUCAUAAUUUAUUGCCUGUACCAAGGAUAGGGUAUGGCACGUUAGAUCACAUAUUUUUUAAAUCUCUUUUAGCUGUUGAAAAUUAAGGGGUUUCAAAGUUAUUAGUCUGAGAUCUUAAUGGGAGAAAAGAUGUUAUCAUGACAAAGCCUUAUGGACUGUUUUUCCUGGUUAAUUCUGUGUUAUAGUUCGUCACUUUAAUAAUGAAGUGCAUUUAACGGUACAGAAGACUCUCUAAAACUUUGCUGAAAGCCUUCUUUAAGAGGUCUGUUGGGCAAAGACAAGACCUUUCCAUCUAGUCUAAGGUCUAUUAUAGUCACCUCAAAUAAAAAGCUGCUCUUGUAAUUUCUUAAGUUUCAUUCUAACUGUUUCUUUCAUGCGAAUAUCAGCUAAUCAGAAAAAUUUGUUAUGACACCAUUUCAGUUUUACAGGCAAUAGUUGCUAAAUGUAGUUAAAUGACAUUCAUGUUGGAUUACAAAAACAGUUUUAGGUUUAGGACCAAACAAUCCACUGCAAUUUUUUACCUUUAAUUUAUUAAACAUAGAGUAUGUUGUGAAAAUGAAGAUGUAGUAAGGUUGGCCUCUUUGCCCACCUGCUGUGUGUGUUUGCUAAUAUUGUUUCUUUGUGCAAUAACAGUAAUUUAGAUGCACUGGUGCUGUAAAGGCUGGUGAACUACAAGUAUAUGUUUACCGGCACUACAUAUUGUUCAGGACCCAUACUGGUAAUCAUGUUUAGCUGACACUGUUCACAAUAUAUUCUCAUCAGUAUUAUGGGAGAUAAAUCUACCCUCAUAAUAAAUGUUGUCAUAUUAGCCAUGUGUUUUUGUCCCAAAUGAUUUAUAUUGGUUUUUAUUAUUUUUAAAUUAAUGGAUAGGCAGCCUUUUUACGUUGUCUAUUUUAAUUAGAAAGAAUAAAUUACACAAUUAAAAUGCACACUUGCUCUUGGCCAUGUAAGUAAGACCUAAAUAUUCAACAUCUAACAGUGCUACAGAGCUGUAGAGAAUGUAAAAAGUAAUAAUACUAAUAAAAAUAAAUAGACCCAUUUGACCCUACAUAUGGUCUGGGAAAUUCAAUUUAUUUUGGUGUGUAAAAUACACUUUAGUAUUUGUUUUAGAUUUUUUUUUUAUAUUUGUUAAGAAAAAAUUAACAGUCCAGGCUGCUGAAUUAGUCAAGAACAUCUAAUAUUAAAUAAAUGGAAGGAAAAAUGUCAAUUGGAUUUCUCCUUUUCAGAGUUAGACCUGUCUCAAACAUCUUUGUUUUGUGUCUCUGGAAUUUAUGACUGAUUUAUUUGCUUUUUGCAUUGGUUAAGUUGGCUUUAUGAAUAAACUCUUGACUGGGGUGAAUUUUAA